AUGUCCACCACAGGCCCCGAAGGGCGUGUCUACCAGGUGUCACUGACAACACAGGUGCCACGUCGACCGGUGGGUGCCACUGGGCCUCAGGAUUUCUUGGGCCUUCCCCCAUGGGCCUUGGUGGGGAUCUUGGUGCUCUUUUGCCUGCUGUGCUUGGGCUUGCCCCUGCUCUACUGGUUCAGGAGGCAAUCGAACCUGCGGAAAGAGUACAUCCCCCGGGAGCCACCAAAUGUGCAGGGUUUCGUGCAGGAGGUGGUGAGAGAGGCCACCGUGAGUGGUGCGCUUCAACAAAGCCACCUCGGACGAAGCUAG